CAAAUUGCUUUAAGUACUUUCAAACUCAAACUGAAAAGCCACCCAUAAAAUUAUCCUUUUCUGCAGAGCGUGAACAGUGAACGCGGCUUAAGAAAUUUGAUCAGGUUGUUUAACGUAAUUGAAAUUAUCUUGGUUGUUCAGCAUUCUGCAUUAAUAAUGCUAACUUUGGAACCUGCACGUUUUAAAUGCCUCUGUGUCGGUUUCGUGAUGAUCUGGUUAUUCGGAAUAGGACCCAACCUAGCCGUCGCCGACUGUCCAAACGGCUGGAAUCGGAAUCGCACAAGUUGUUAUUACACCGGGCAAACAUUUACUGGAUUGACUUAUUACGAUGCCGCAUCAUUCUGCCAGUCUUUCGGUCCAAAGUGUCAUCUGGUGGAAAUCAAUGACAUGGACGAAUAUUUGUACAUCAAGGACACUGCGAAGUCUGUAACGUGGACCGAUGGACCAUGGAUUGGAAUGGUGCGUCUUACUGAUUCGCAGUACUUUAUGUUGCCUUCUGUGCGCCGGGAAUCUGACGAUCAGGCGCUAAACUUAAUAAUGCAAAAAUUAUCUUGGAAUACGCGUCAAGCUGCCUACCAGGAUGUCGGCGGAUUUGUUGGCGGAUGGCCAGUAGCCGAUGGAUACGCUUACGGCGGAAAUUGUGGUGGAAUGAACAGUAACGGUAACUAUCUGGGAUUCUGGUCAUGUACGCCGUCUGGAAGUCCAUGGUGUGAAAUUGAUCUUGUGUAGAGUUGUAUUGUGUCGACAUAAAAAAUGUGGAUAAAACUUACAACGUUUUGUAAAAAUUGUCAAGCUGUUGUGUACUACCUACUAAAAUCAUCACCAUUAUUAAAACCAUC